UUGGCAAAUCCAAACCGGUGUGAGUGGGAGGGGGAGCGAACUGCUGAGCUAAUAAAGAAAGCGCACAGAGGAAAAGACGGGCUGAGAAAGAGAGAGCGGAAAUUAGAGGUUUUACCGAAUAUUUGGGAUUUUAAAAGGUCCAAAAACUCGGCUGUGAGUUCAUCUACUCUACUGAAAACAUGGCGUGCGGUGCGACGUUAAAACGCUCCAUGGAGUUUGAGGCCCUGUUGGGCCCUCAGUCCCCGAAGCGGCGGAGGUGCAGCCCGCUAGCCGGAGCCGCCGCAACUCCUUCCCCGCAGAGGUGCAGCCUGAGACCGCAGACGGAAAGUCCUGCGAACCCGGUGUCCCCUCCGGCCGCGAGCGGAGAACACCGGCUAACCCCAGAGCAGAUCUUCCAGAACAUUCGGCAGGAGUACAGUCGUUACCAACGGCGACGGCAGCUGGAGGGAGUGUUUAACCAGACCGAGACGGGCGGAGCUGCCGAGAACACCAACCCCAGCUCGCCACCAGGCGCAUCAUCACUGAAGAAGGACCAGCCCACGUUCACCCUGCGGCAGGUGAGCUACCUGUGCGAGCGCCUCCUCAAAGACCACGAGGAGAAAAUCCGUGAGGAGUACGAGCAGAUCCUCAACACCAAGCUGGCAGAACAGUACGAGUCGUUUGUGAAAUUCACACAGGAUCAGAUCAUGAGGCGGUACGGAGCUCGACCUGCCAGCUAUGUAUCUUGAAGUCCUCAGAUGGAUGACUACAAGCCAACAGCAUGGUUGCUGCAGGAUUCUCUCUCGCGCUCUGUUCAUUUUAAACACUGCUCAGGUGCUCUGGGUUCUUUCUCCCUGUUAACCCUUGCUGUUUCUCUUCCUGAAGCCCAGCUCCUGAGCAGUCAUGAAUAAACUCCGUUCUGAUAAAUUCAUUCUUUUCUUCCCUCUUUUUAAAAUAGACAGAAAAGUGAGUGUGACUGUUUCUGAAUCUGCCGCUCCUCUAAUACUCAGCUCUUCUACUUCCUGUUUCAAACCUGAGGGAUGUGGAUAUUUUUUAUUUUCCUUACUUUUGUUUUUUGAAAAGAAAUAAAGGUUCGGUGGUCUUCUCA